AUGAUCAAGAUCGGAUUCAAGAAAUGCGAGUCCGAUUACUGCAUUUAUAUUAAGCGAGAUGAGCAGCGCACGAUCUUUGUGGCGCUCUACGUCGAUGAUUUAAUCAUCGUCAGCAGCAGCAACAAGAGCCUUUGUGAAACCAAAAACGCACUAAAUGAGAGGUUCGAGAUGACAGACAUGGGGAAGCUCAAGUUCUUUCUUGGAAUUGAGAUUGAGCGGGACGAAUCAGGAGGGACACUGUCAUUACGGCAGAGCAAGUUCGCGAAAGACAUUUUAGAGAAAUUCGGCAUGCUGAAGAGCAAUUCAGUCAGGUCGCCACAAGACCCAGGCCUGAAGUUGACCAAGGCCAUGUGCGAAAGAGGUUGA